AGCCUCACAGGCAACUUCCGGUUUGAAAAUCGUAAAUUAUCGAUGAUGGUGUAAACAAAGCGGAUUCCUCAAUAAUAAAUAUACGUAUUUGGCAGUAAAUUUUCAAGACAUUUUAGACAUCUUUGGGCAAAAGACUGAAAUCAUGGCCUUGCCCCCAGGCUGGAAGAGAGAAGAGGUAGUUCGGCAGUCAGGGCUUUCUGCUGGGAAGACAGAUGUUUACUACAUUACACCUGAGGGAAAGAAGAUACGCAGCAAGCCACAGCUAGCCCGUAUUCUCGGUGAGACGUUUGACCUGAGUGCUUUUGACUUUCGGACUGGCCGCACAGUAUACAGUGCCUGUCGUAAAAGUAAAAGGCAGAAAGGCUCUUCCUAUGACUUUGCUCGAGGUGUCCGCCAUGAUGCAAGUCUUGUUCUCCCCAUACGGCAGACUGCGUCUAUUUUCAAGCAGCCUGUCACUGUUGUGAGAAAUGGGCCCAAAUGUAAAUCAAAAACUGACUUAAAGCAUGGCACUCAAGAUCAACCCAAGCAGGUGUUUUGGGAGAAGCGCUUGAGAGGCUUGCGCGCUUGUGACAGCAGUGAAGAAGUGAUACCAACAAUGGAUCUUCCUCGCCAAAUGCAAGGUAUCGGCCCUGACCUGACCUCGGAGAAUGUCUUACAGAGCAUUUCAGCUGCCCUGCAUGUGAGUUCAGGCCCUGUGGUGGGUCAAGGUGCCAGCAAGCAGGUGAUCAUGAAGAACCCGGGCAUCAACAUGGACACACAGCAGCCUCAUGUACAUCAGGUGGUGGUGUCAUCUGAUGAUGUUCACCGCCAGGAACAGAGGGUCCAGCUGGCCAGACGAAAACUGCAAGAUCUCAUGGGAACUUUAGAAUAAUGCGUGAAACAAAUGUCCAGUACAGAAAUUUUGUUUGGAGUAGAGGAGUGAAUGAUUGUUUGCUGUGGGUGUCUGUCAGCAUCAAAGUGGAAGAGAAGCCUCACACUUGUACUUAGUGCAUGCUUGUUUUUUGGUAUGUUUGCCUGACUGUGUGAAUGUGUGGUUGUUUGUAAUCACAGAAUCUGACACUUUUUGGAAUGAUAUUGCAGUAAACAAUGUUCUCAGCUAA